CUGUGGCUCAAAUCCGGGAUUAGCAGAGCCUUUUCCUGUGGGCAGAGGCGCCCGGGGGCCCGCAUCAUGUCAUCCCCGGCCGGGCUCCAGUACUCCCGGGCGGAUAUCCUGGCCCGGUGGAUGCCCGGAACCAACCGGGCCGGAGUGAUCCUGGACCGUUCCCCGGAUCUGGAUGGACCCUCCCGGUUGGUUCUGGUGAACGACUCCUUCUCCUCGGACUUCGCUCCUCUUUCCGCCUCUGCAGACAGCAGCUGCAGCACCGGGGGUGGACAUGCGGAGGCACCGGUGACCGGUGUCCGCCCCGGGCCCGCGGGGGGGGGCUCAGGGCCGGACGGUCCCGGGGAGAUGGCCCACGGACCCCCGGAUCAGACCCUCGUCGUGAAGCUGGAACAGCUGAGGAAGUGGCAGCAGCACAUGCAGCAGCAGCUGAGGGCCCAUCAGCUUGAGGAGCUGCUGGGCCUCCAGGAGCAGCAGCAAAGGCUUCUGGGAAAAGCCGGCCAGUCCCCGCUUUGCUCCGGAGACGGCUGGAACUCCAGAGGAGACGAUGGAGAAGAAAGUUUUGGCGAAAACUGUGAUCAGGACGAGGAAUUACGGAAACAAGAAGGCCUGGUCGGGACUCGAAACACCAGCAAGCAGGAAAACGAAGACUUCCAGGACAGACCCAUAAAACCGGGAAUCAGCGGUCAGAAGCAGACGUUUGAGGAGCUUCUGGAGGAGCAGCUGAAGCUGGAGGAGCAGAGGCUGAAGUCUGCCCAGCAACAGAAAAGUCUAGACGGAGGCCAGGCUCGUCCCAAACGGGCCUUUCUGAAGCGUGGCGAGGGCCUUUCCCGGUUCACCGGCAGCCGCAAAGCCGUGAAUCCGCCGCCUCCCGCCUCCCGGGCCGUAUCCCGUAGCAACUCGGCGCCGGUUUUCCUCCAGAGAGCCGUUGCCGGGGGCGCCCCGGCGGUCCAGGUCCAACGCAAAACCGCCACGCUCAACAAGGAGAACCGGGCCAGGGUUCCCAGAGUCUUAGGCCGCCACCAGAGGAAGAACACGGAGAAGACCGAGCCCCCCCCGGCCAAACGGGACCAAACGGGGACCCAACGGGCCUCUGAGGACAGGAACCCCCAGGAGCCGCCCCCCCCCGACUGCUGGGAGCUGUCCUUCCAGGAGAAGCUGCAGCUCUGGGAGAGCGACCGGCGGAUGGAGAGCAUGGAGCUGGGGGAGUUCGAGCUCCUGGAGCAGGCGGCCGAGGAGUUGUCCUUCUCCUCAAACUCCUCCUUCGUCCAAAAGAUUCUCCAGAUGGACGUUUAUAGCCGGCAGCGGGGGGGCGAUGGCGGCGGACUCUACGAGAGGCGUCUCUCCUCCACGCCCAUCAAGUCGCCCCCCGGUGGCGGAGCCCAGAAGUGCGGCGGCGUGGCGGAGGACGGAGGUGGGCGGAGCCAACGGCAGCUGUCCGACGUUUCGUCAGGCAGUGGGUCUGAGUUCGGGGACCCCCCCGAUGUGGGGGGGGUGGGGGGGCGAGUUCGCUUCCCCGAACCCUCCAACCCUCCAUACGACAAGAGCUCCUACCAGGACCAGGACCAAGACCAGGACCAGGACCAGGACCAGGACCAGGACCAGGAUCAGGAUCAGGACCAGGACCAGGACCAGGACCAGGACCAGGACCAUAACCUGGACCAGGACCAGGAAAGCCUCAGGGACUCGGCCCCAGAGGAGGAUGAGGAGAGUGGGGGUGACUCUACCCUGACGGAGGGUCUAGGGUUGGGUUUUGGGUCGGGUUUGGGGUCUGGGGGCCGAUACGGGGAGGUGGUGUUUGACGACCACGACACCUGGAACGACCUGGAGGAAACGGCCAUCGGUCCGGUUCCAGGCCAGCAGCCUCAGUCCGCUCAGCUCAGAGAGAGGCUGGCAGAGCUGGAGAUCGAGAUCCAGAGAUUUAAGAAGGAAAACGCCUCACUCGCCAAACUCAGACAAGAAAACGAGAAAAUCCAGGAGGACCUCAGGAAAGAGCGUUUUCAAUUUGAACAGACAAAGAAAGAGGAGCUGGCCAAGUUUGAGGAAUACAAGAGGGAGGAGACCAGGAAGCUUCAGAGGGAGCGCAAACUUUUUGAGAGGCACGCGACGGCCGCCCGAGCCAUCCCCGACAAGAAGGAACGCGACGAGAUCCAGGCGCUGAAGCAGCAGCUGGGCUCCCUGCAGGAGGAGCUGAGGAGGAGGGAGAGCCGCUGGGCCUCCACACAGACCCGCCUACGGGGGCAGAUCGACUCCCUGAACCAGGACAACGUUUCUCUGCGGGACGAGAUUCGAAUGCUGGAAAAGCUGCGUCUCAGUGCCCUGAAGAAAAGCUCCAUCCCGGCAGAGAGGGACUCGGAAACCAGAGACGUUCCCAGAACGGCAGAGAGCUUCGUCCCAGCGGUGACCAAAGGAGUCACAUUCGCUAGUCCACUGGACUCCAGAGGAGGCAGCUGCAGCCCCCCGCUGAGCGGGAACCACAAAGAACCCUCAGAAAGUAAAAGCAGCCUGAGGAGAUCUGGGUCUUCUGGGUCUGGGAGGAGGACGGAGAGGCCGGAACCAGCCAGCAAAACCCAGGAAAAGCCUCCAGACCGCCGCCCCCAGGACGGGUCUCCGAAACCGGAUCAGCGUCCACUGGGAGCGGAGAGCAGCGACCUGGAGGAGCCGGGACAGGAGGUGCUCACACACCCCGACGGGAAGACGGAGACGGUUCUGGCCAACGGCGACCGCCUCAUCACCUUCCCCAACGGGACCAGGAAGGAGGUCUCAGCAGACGGGCUCUCGGCUAAAGUCACAUUCUUCAACGGAGACACCAAACAAGUCACAGCCGACCAGCGAGUGAUUUAUUACUACGCCCAGGCCCAGACCACCCACAUCACCUACCCCGACGCCAUGGAGGUCCUGCACUUCCCCAACGGCCAGACAGAAAAACAUUUCCCGGACGGGCGAAAGGAGAUAACUUUCCCCGACCAGACGGUGAAGAACCUGUUCCCCGACGGCAGGGAGGAGAGCGUGCUGACCGACGGCACCAUCAUACAGGUCAACCCGGAUGGCUCCAAAGAGAUCCACUUCAACACGGGUCAGAGGGAGGUCCACACGGCCGAAUACAAGCGGCGGGAGUACCCCGACGGCACGGUGAAAACCGUGUUCUCCGACGGCCGGCAGGAGACCCGAUACCCCACCGGCCGCCUGCGGAUCAAAGACAAAGAUGGCCGCGUCGUCCUCGACAACCGGGGCUAGAAACCGCUCAGUUUAGUUUUUUUAACCAAAACAGAGCAACACGACUCUUCGGUGCUCUUCUGUUUAAAGUUUGUUUCAUUUCUUAAAACAUUAAGUAUUUAUUUCUUUAGAUAAUUGUACAUUUUUAUUUGUAAAAUAAAUGUAUUUUUUAAUUUAU